AUGUCUACCAAUCAUUACCAAUUCAAUGUUAAGAUGUCCUGUAGUGGCUGCAGCGGCGCUGUUGAAAGAGCUUUGAGUAGGCUUCAGCCGGAAGUUUCUAAGACAGACAUAUCGCUUGAAAAGCAAACGGUGGACGUGUACACUACUCUGCCUUACGAAACAGUUUUAGAAAAGAUCAAGAAGACUGGUAAGGAAGUUGUCAGCGGGACUACCUUAUAA